GAACUCAGUGACGAACAGUGUUCGCUUGAACCCAGUGGUGCUUGGGUGCAAGUGUUUCCUCGAAAAUGGCGGACGGUGCUGAUUCGAAUUUCCCGAGUACAGGAUGAAAGUGCGCCGAAUUAUCGGCACUUACCUCAUUUUUUGAGUUUUUGCAUAUUUUGAGGAAAUUAUAAACAAGUCCCAAUCUCAUUUACAUUAAUUGUCUCGCGAUUAAACACCGUCGAAACGUAAAAAAAAAUUAAGUCGCGCGGGAUUGUGUAUUCAGUGUGUGGAAGGUGGCGGGGCCCCCAUAAGUAAUAAAUGGCUGACCGGAGUUGUAAAAUGAGUAGCAACUAAAUUCCGAAUGUAUCCAGAGAGCCAAAUAAACUAAGAAAAUGUCAGAACCCGAAGAAUGUCCGGCAGCUCCGGACAGUACGACAAAGGAGCAGAGACUAGGAUUCUCUCAUGGAGAAGAUGUUUUUCUACAACUCAAAGAUGGGAAAUUUUAUUUGGGAACAGUUGUCGAGGUGGAUUUGGCGAGAGAAAAGUGUCUCGUCAAAUUCCUGGACAAUACAUCGUCCUGGUCGUCAGUCAAAGAGCUGACGAAGGUAGCAACACCAGAGGCCGAUGUAAUGUGUGUUCUUUGUAAGAAAUCUCAACCCAAGACUGACAAUGAUAUCAUUGUUUGCGACAAAUGCGGUCGCGGAUAUCAUCAACUUUGUCACCAGCCCCAGGUAAUAAAAGAAGAAACCCCUUCAGAGGCGCAUUGGGUGUGCAAAAGAUGCAUCGACAGUCAACCGAGACAUGGAGAGCCCAAGAAUUCAAUGGUGAAGGCAAAUAUUAGAAAAGUUUGUAGUGGUCGAGAUCAACCGCCACCGCCUCCAGAAGACAUGACAAAGUUACCUUAUGACCCGAACAUGUUGAGUUGGGACUCAAAUCAUCGAGUGAAUGCAGAACAAAUUUAUUGUUAUUGCGGAUUAAAUGGCGAGUGGUACACGCAAAUGUUACAAUGCGCUCGUUGUAAACAAUGGUUUCAUGAAAAAUGCGUUAGCUGUUUAACUUAUCCUCUCUACAGUGGUGACAGAUUUUAUGUGUUUGUUUGUUCAAUGUGCAAUUAUGGCAAGGAAUUUGUUCGACGAUUAGAAAUAAAAUGGGUAGAUUUGGUGCACCUGAUGCUGUACAAUCUGACUGUUUAUAAUGCAAAAAAAUAUUACGAUCUUGACACCGUGAUUGUUCCCUAUGCGAACGACAAUUGGAAUACUUUACAACUGCCACCUAGAAUUCGAGACGUUAGCCAACAGAUACGUAGAGAUUCGAUUCUCGCGAUUUUAAUUAGCAAUAGAAAUAGGUUUAAAUGUGGUAGAGAAAUAAAAAAGCGGACAACAAUUUGGGGACUGAGAGUGAGAUUACCGCCUCCUUGUCCAGUUGUCUAUCUUCCUGACACUGGGGUAAUUGAUGACUCUGUUCUACGUCGCUGCUGGGGUGGCAACAAAAGACUGCAAUACCUUCCACCGAACACUGGACCGGUAUUAAUGACAGAGUGUACAAAACCACUCCUGGAACUGACGCAUAUAAAAAAGGAAAAUCUCGAAGUAUCAGUAAAUCCAACUGAUGUACUGAGAGGCGCGAUCUACCAAAAUAGCGAAAGAGGACAAAGUUCUGAUACAAAUGUACCUAAUCAAUCGACCGAGGCUUUGAGAGAAAGGUACAGCGGAGGUGGUUUCGUGAAGAAAUCGUUUCCAUUUCCAAAAUUAAGUUUACAAAGAAGAAGACGAUUGAUGGCUCUGAGUAGUUCUCGGGAAAGAAUGCUCCGCAAACAGAAGAAGAGAGAAAAGGAAAAUUCCGAAUCGAAUAUUAAAUUGCAAUGUGUACGCGAGGCGAGGUAUAAAAAGGCAAGAAAACUACUUAAAAACGCUAUUGCUAAGAGUAAAUCGCGAAAUUGUGAUGCAUCGGAUUUGCCGCCAACACCGCCAACAUCGAUCUCGGGACCGCCGACACCACCUGCGACAACUUCUGGAAUAUCCGAGAUUUUGGUACCAAAUACCGUGGAAUUAUUGAAUCAAUUACCGCCGUCAACGCCAGCAGACACGAGCGGUGACGAGACAAGUUCCCGUGGCACACUCGACUCCUUCAUUCCACCUCCCAAAGAUUUUGAAGGUAAAAAUAAUCCUUUUCGAAAUCUCAGCGAAUUACUCGGCACACCGUGCAACAUCAAUCAAGGUAAUUCCAAUAUUUCCCUCACCUUCAAUCAAUGUCCGAUCACACUGCCCCUGCCCCUAACGCCGGUGAUAUCACAACCGCCCCUAAUGCGACCGGCGAAACGUCAAUUAUCCGAGAAGGAUAUAAUAAUCGAUCGUAACGGUCAAGUGAGAAGGAGACGACAGCACCGACGUGGACGACCGCCACAACAACAACAACAGCAACAAUUACAAUUACAACAGCAACAACAAUUUCAACAAACAGCGAGUAAAACAGCGGCAAUAAUACCGGCGCGCAAUAGUGACGUGAAAAAUGAAUUUGUCCGAAAUUUACGAAGUUCAUUUAAUGGCUCGUCGAGUAGUAGUCAAAUUGGAAAUUGUGUUGAUUAUGCGCUUAAUGGAAGAAGACUGAGACAACGGCAGAGUAUUGAUAAAUUACCGCCACCCGAUCCACAGAUACAGAAGAAAAAUUUAGUGAAUAAUUCACCAACAUCGCCAAAAUAUUCACCGGUAAAACAAAAUGCCCCCGAUAUAUCGAUCGAUGAUCUUAAAUCAUCGGUGAAUAUUUAUUUUGGCGCUGCCAAUCGAAUAGCGUCUGGUGAGAAAUUUUUCAUUAAAGCUAAACGUAUUGGGCCAAAUGGACAGUCACAAUUUCUCAUCGAAUGGGAAGGACCCAACACUUAACGGAUAAAGGGAUAUGUCUUUUAAAAUUUUAACAAAAAGAAAAUAACAACAGUUUCUUUUAUCUCGGUAUCGAAUCCAAAGCCGAUUGACUGAUCCUCUUCUAUUACAGACUCGACAGUACAUCGUGGAUCAAAGAAUUUCGCACGCACUGUUUUUUUUUUUUAUUUUUUAUUAAGCUGUCUCUUUUCUUGUUAUCUAGUUGUCUUUCGUGUUUAUUCUAUUUUUCUUUUAUUUUCCUCUUAUUUUUCUUUUUUUUCUUAUUUAUCUCUUAUUCUCUUACUAGUAAAUUCUAGCAAAACUCGGUAUUCCAUUUAUUAUUAUUUAGCUAAUUUAAAAAUUUUAUAUUUUCAAAUAUAAACAACAAC